CUUCACCCUCUCAAUAUAUAUAUACAUACAUACAUACAUACAUAUAUAUUGAAGAAAGAAAGAGUGUAAGCAGAAAUAGCAGCCAUAGAAAUGGCCUUGGCAGCACCCACUAGUCUACAUGGAGCGGCCAAGUCAAUCAUUGCGCCGCCGCCGGGAACCACCGGACUCCGGCAGUCCUCCGACCGAUUUGCACUAAAGUCAUCCUUCUUUUCUCCAUCUCUUAACCUAUUGAUGCCAUCUCAGGUGUCUACUCUUCCAGCUACUGCACCUAAAUUCUCUAUGCGCGUGGCUUCCAAACAGGCCUAUAUUUGCCGUGAUUGCGGGUAUAUCUACAAUGACAGAACCCCUUUUGACAAGAAGCCUGAUAAUUACUUCUGUCCUGUUUGUGGUGCACCAAAGAGGAGGUUUAGGGCAUAUGAGCCACCAGUGAGCAAAGAUGCUAAUGACUUAAGUGUCAGAAAAGCCAGAAAGGAACAAAUUAAGAAGGAUGAAGCUAUUGGGAAGGCAUUGCCUUUUGCAAUAGCACUUGGAGUUGCAGCAUUAGUUGGUUUAUACUUCUACAUCAACACCACUCUCUAAGGCUUCAAAUAUUUACUCUACUUCUUUUUUACUUGUAAUUCGAAAUUCCGAAUACAUUUUAAAUUAUUAUUAUUUAAUCGAGAUUAUUAAUUUA